AUGAAACUGUUCAACCUGCUAGUGCUGGUCCUCGCGGUGGUCGCCAUGUUCAUGGGCUGCGUCAGCGCACAUCCCAAGGGCAAGGGUAGCGCACUGAGGAAAGGAGCUAAAGCCAUUAGAGCAGGAAUCGGAGCUAUCGGCGCCAUUGGUACGGGUCACGAGAUUUAUCAACACGUCAAAAACAGAGGAUAA